AUGGUGUUUUUUGGUGGUAGACGGCUUAGGAUUUGGACUAGCACACUGCAGCGAACAAUUCUGACAGCAAGUCACAUACCUGGAUUCCCCAAGAUACAAUGGCGUGCCCUGGAUGAGAUAUAUGCUGGAGUCUGUGAUGGAAUGACAUAUGAAGAAAUAAAGAAGAACAUGCCAGACGAGUACGAGGCACGCAAGAAAGAUAAGCUGAGGUAUAGGUAUCCUCGUGGGGAAUCUUAUCUUGAUGUUAUCCAAAGGCUAGAGCCCGUCAUUAUAGAACUCGAACGACAACGAGCACCUGUUGUGGUGAUAGCUCACCAGGCAGUAUUGAGGGCAUUGUACGCUUAUUUUGCGGAUAGGCCUCUGAAAGAAAUUCCGCACAUUGAGAUACCGCUUCAUACUAUAAUAGAGAUACAAAUGGGAGUUACAGGUGUACAGGAGAAAAGAUACAAACUCAUGGACUAAACAUGCUCUAGCACGAGAUUUUGUUUUUGGUUUGCAAGUCUUGAAAGUGCUGGAAAUUCUUCCAUUCUUUUUGACUUUCCUCCAUUAACAAAGAUGUAACAUCAACAUAAAUAUGUCAAGCUGUAUCUACAAUAAUCAUUCAUCUAAAAAGUUUUCCAAUUGUUCAUGCAUUAUUUAUCUUAUUGCUCUUUCAAAGUGUCCACUUCCUGUCGUUUCAUGAGACAAAUGACUUUCCCGAGGGGAAUGCACGUCUAUUGUGCAUUCCACUUGUGGCUAUUGUUGUGUGAAUCUUUCUCAGUUUUAAGCUGUCCAUUCAAAAGAAAAGUGAAAAAGAUAUAAUAGCAAGUACUGAGUUACAUCAUUGUCUUUAGUUUUUAUAA